AUGAACAGAAACACACAGACGCUCACUGUUGCUUCAUCUGGAGAGGAACUUGAAGAAGAAAGUGACUACGUUAAUACAGCUGUGUGCACUGUGGACAAGAUGUCAGCCACCUCAGUUACAUCUGUCAUCUCUGGAAACAACAACAAGCUGACUGCAGAGAACCAGGAGCUGAAGACACAAAACCAGCAGCUGGAGACCGAGAAGAACAACCUAACAGAACAAAUACGAAACAUAGAGAACAGUGUUACUGUUGCCCAGCAGAUCAUUGAUGCCUACUGCCCAAUAAGAGAUGGAAACAGACAGUGUAAACCUUGCCUAGAUGACUGGCUGCACCACCAGUCCAGCUGUUAUGCAGUCCAUAACCCUGAUACUGCUGGUCAGAAAACCUGGGAGGAAGCUCGAGAGGACUGCAGAGGAAAGAAAUCCGACUUGGCUGUAAUAGUUAAUGAAGAUGAAAAGAAAUUCAUCAGUGAUAACAGUUGGAACACUGCAGGACUCACUGGCUACUGGAUUGGACUGAGAGCUGAAGCAGAGAAAUGGAAGUGGAUCGAUGGAAGUGAUCUGGCUGAAAAAUCCUGGAUGACACAACCUGCUAACUACGACUACUGUGCAAUUUCUGUCAAAAACCAAGGAUGGAAAUCAGUGAGUUGUGGAAACAAAAACGGUUGGAUCUGCAAAAAGGCGCCUUUAUCUGUUUAA